AUGAAGAUUCUUCAAUAUUCUUUGCGGUUGAUUGUUCUGCACACAAUCUUGAUUGCUUUCACUUCAGAUGUGAAGCUUACAGUGACUGCAUUUACUGGAACUUAUGGAAUAAACUAUGGAAGAAUUGCCAAUAAUCUUCCUUCACCUGAUAAAGUAGCCAUGCUUCUCAGAGCUGCUAAGAUAAAGAAUGUUAGAAUUUAUGAUGCCGAUCAUAGUGUUCUCAAGGCUUUUAGUGGGACUGGACUUGAGUUGAUUGUUGGACUGUCAAAUGAACAUGUAAAAGAUGUGAGCAGUAAUUCAGACCAUGCUCUGACUUGGGUCAAGGAUAACGUGGAGGCAUUUCUCCCCGAUACAAAGGUCGUUGGGAUAGCCAUUGGGAAUGAAAUUCUGGGGAACAAUGACAAUGCUGAUAUAUGGGGAUCUCUGCUGGAUGCAGCUAAAAAUAUUUAUAACGCAACGCAAAAAUUGGGAAUAGAUAAGAAUAUUCAGAUCUCCACUGCUCAUUCGCAAGCUGUUUUUGAUAAUUCUUUUCCUCCUUCAAACUGUACAUUCAGAGAGGGUGUCACUCAAUACAUGAAGCCGCUGUUGGAGUUCUUUUCUAGCAUCGGGUCCCCAUUUUGUUUAAAUGCAUAUCCUUUUCUUGCUUACACAUAUAAUUCGGACAAAGUUGACAUAAACUAUGCCCUCUUUGAGAAAAAUGAGGGAAUAUAUGAUGAGAAAACUCGCCUUCAUUAUGAUAACUUGCUUGAUGCUCAGAUAGAUGCAGCUUAUGCUGCUCUAGAGGAGGCUGGUUACGGAAAGAUGGAAGUUAUAAUUACAGAGACUGGCUGGGCUUCUAAAGGUGAUCAGUCUGAACCUGCAGCAACAGUAGAAAAUGCGAGGACAUACAAUUUUAACUUGCGAAAAAGGCUUGCUUUGAGGAAGGGAACUCCUUUCAGACCGAAGAUUAGGUUGAAAGCCUACAUUUUUGCAUUGUUCAAUGAGAAUUCGAAACCCGGCCAUACUUCUGAAAACAAUUAUGGCCUAUAUAAACCUGAUGGAAGCAUUGCAUAUGAUAUUGGGUUCCCUGGACUAAAAUCUUCAUCUGCAGUUUCAUCUUUUCUUACUUUGAAGGGAAUUCCAGCGCGAGGUUUCGGUUCCAGUGCCUCGGUAUUAGUACUUUCAAGUUUAUUGCUAUUAUUGAUACUAUAA